AUGACUUUGCCAGCUGCAAUUCGAAUCUGCCAUGAAACAAGCAAAUACGGAUUCGUCUUUACCCGGCGCGGUCUGACUAUUGAAUCUUGCGCCUCUUACUUCCUUCCUCGACUCAUUGGUCUGUCUCGAGCCAUGUCCCUGAUAUCAACCGGCGGUGUCUACCCCGGAAAUUCAAAGUACUUUGGUGACUUGUUCACUGAAACUCUGCCAAACGCGGCGCAGGUUCUCCCCCGGGCUCUAGAAUUAGCUCAAGAAAUGGCAGAGAAUGUCAGUCCGUUGGCAUCGUCAAUGAGUCGGGCGUUGAUGUGGGAAGGCCCUAGCUCGCCGGAGGCAGCGCAUCUCCUUGAGUCUCGGGUUUUUCACCAUAUGGCUGGUCAAAGUGACUACACGGAAGGGGUCAGUUCUUUCCUCGAAAAGCGCAAGGCCAAUUUCCAGUCCGAUCCUCAGGAGCACAGCCCUCUGAGCUAUCCAUGGUGGUCUGAAGUAGAUAUUAACGUCGAGCCGAAAAAGUCCAAACUAUAA